UUAUAAUUUAUCAUCUUCAUGUUCGGUUAAAAUCAAACGGACAUUCUGAAAAAUCGAUAAACUAUUCUUUUUAAUUUCUGUAUAUAUUUUUUUUAUUAACCAUGGAUACCUCAAAAUUGGUGCAAGUUAUGAAUCAAAGGAAUCUCACAAGUCUUAGAGAACCUAGGGGCUUUAUAAAAUUGAUACAAAUUAUAUUAGCCAUAUUCGCUUUCGCCACCACCACCGGACAUCGAUCGUAUUUCACUUUCCAAGUCACCUGUAAUAACAGUGUAGUCAAAAUCAUGAAAGGAAUUUUCCAUUAUCCAUACAACUUAAAUCACUUCGCCAUUAGUUUACCGCUAUGCUCACGCGGAAACGCCAACGACCGUCUUUCUCCCACGUUCUUACCGGGAUCAAGUUCUUUAAAUCGAGAUUCCGAUUCCCGCGUAUUUUUAGAGGGCGAUUAUUCGAGCGCGGCUCAGUUCUACGUAGCCAUAGGCGUUUUGGCUUUCCUUUACGCCCUGGUAGCCCUGGUUAUCUACGUAUUCUUUGACAAGUUGUAUUACGAAAACGAGAGACUACCCAUGCUGGAUUUCAUAAUAACUAUGGCUUUCGCUCUUCUAUGGCUGAUUUCGACAUCCGCUUGGGCUAAGAACGUGACCGACCUUAAAUAUUACACUAAUCCGGAUAACAUGAUUCCUCGAAUCAAUGAUUGCAAGCCUUACAAUGGGGUGGCUCCCUGUGCCACGAAAUACAGAGGAGACUUUUCAAGCCUUAAUGUUUCUAUAAUUUUUGGUUACGCAAACCUCAUAUUAUGGGGCGGCAACAUAUGGUUUUUGUACAAGGAAACUAAUUGGUUCAAAAUGAGAAACAGCAAAUCAGCUAACAUACCCAACAAACCUUCAUCUAUCCAUUCCCCUACCUUCAACCCAUCAGCUGGUAGUAGACCACCCCCUCCUCUUUUUAACAGAACUGGCUAAUUUAAUUCAAUUUUUUUGAAAAUAUUUAUAAUUUCAUUAUAUUUCUUUACAUUUUUCGCAAAUUUUUUUAUUUUAAUACUUAAUAUUUCAUGUAUCGUCAACUUGUUUCAAAAAAAAUAAUUCCCUAAGCUAAACCAGGCCUUACUUGAGGGCUAAAGUUAGCCUAAGUAAGAUAUAUUGGAUAAAGAAUUGAUGAACAAACCCUAUUACAUUUAUAUAUUUAAUGGACCUACUACAUAUUAUAUAUGAUUCCAAUAGUUAAAUAGUUUUUUUUUAUUCCUCCCGUAAUUUUUUAUUAUAAACAAA